AUGAUUGUUGGCGGCACGGAGGUGGCUCCUCCUCGUCUCUACCCGUUCCUGGUGUACAUAGCGGAGGAGGACUUCUGGGGCCAGUCUUACUGCGGUGCGGUGCUCAUCCACCCGCAGUGGGUACUCACUGCCGCGCAUUGCGGGACAAACUUCGAGCGAGUUCUACUCGGCGGGCACGCCAUGAGCAAGUUUGAGGCUGGCGACGACUGCACGGAGACGAUCAAUAUCGAGUCGAUUAUUCCAAACGCCCUCUACAAUGCAGGCAUCGAGCUUCGGUUGUAG